CAUUGCACAGUCCGUCCUUUUCGGCGUUCUCUGUGGGCUGACUACUGUCAUCAAGAGCCACCGGAUCGACUGAAAUCAGCAUGAACAGGGUUACUCCGUGAGGAGUUCGUUUCCUUAAGAUGGAGUAAUCAACAAUAUUCUGCAAAUGCCUGCAAUAUUUCAGUCAAGCACAGAAAAAUGCGACUGGCAAAGCUCAAAGGAUCCGUCUGAGCAAUGAAGAAAGGUUAUUUGGUUUCAAAAUCUUGAAACUUGGGUCCUGGCUCUACUGAAAUCAUUGAAGUCUGCGUCUCACUUAGACAGAAAGAAGAUGGUGUUGUUUGCAGCCUCGUGUCCCAGAGAAGCCUGAUGUGACGUACUGCAGUGCACAUCCCGAAGUUUGAGUUUAUUCUAAGAGAGAUGCAAACGUAAAAGGUUUGUGUUUCCUAGUCCUGCAGGCGGGGUGAGGAUGGUCUCUGCUCACAAAGAGGUGCUGGUGACUGGAUGGAAUGAAUCACUGCAAUUCAACCCCUACCCACUGAAAUACAGCAGCACACGCUGAAGUAGUCCCGGUCGUGAAGAGGUCUGGGCUGGACUGGGGACAAGUGGGACAACUUGCCAAAAGCAGGUACAGUUUGUGGUUAGAAAUGCACUCACCUUGGCAGGAAGCACUUAGCCAGGCUGGCACAGAGGCUGCGUAGUCCUCUCAUGCAAGAUUUCUUCAGAAGUAAAGAAGCACAAAAGGGGACGUUCUGUUCUUUGAAAAUAACUGGAGCCACUGGCAAGAAGCAGCAACACUGUGCAUCGAACAAGGAAACCCUUUCCAGGUUACCAAAACAUGCUGUUGAACUGAAUUUUGCAGCUGCGUUUUCCAAUGUACCAUGGGAUGCAUCAAAUCCAAGGACGCCUUUCCGGGUUCAAAUGCUCUCCAGGAUGAAGGGAUCAGGGGAGGUAACGAAGGCUGCACCGGGGAGAAGUCGUCGCUGAUAGCGGUGAAGGGGGAUGAGAAGGGCCCGUCGAGCACCAUCGUGCUGGACUACGCGCACCGCCUGUCCCGGGAGAUCGUGGACCAGGCCGUGAGGCAGUGGGCAGUGAGGGAAAGCAAGUACAGCGACAUCCCCUUCAUCGAGAGCGACGUGCCCUGAGCCCCCCCGGCAGGGACUGCCUUCACCACGGGUGUGCUGUCUGUUAAGCACUUUGUAACUGGUACCAGUGCAAAUAAAAGUAACAUCAGCUGUGAUUCCAGCAUAACGCCGCUAUACGAGUGUGUCUGCAAGGAGAGGCUGAAAAAAUUUGCCUUUAAAUCUGUAUUGCUAAGGAACUAAUUGGAUCACAGUAGAACCUAUUAAUCAAGCGUCAUUUGUUAUCAGCCGUAUGUUGAGUAUAUUCUGUCCUUGUACGUGUUGAAUGUGAUCAGAAAUCCCUGUUAAAAAAAAAGACCAGAAGAAUGUGGCUGCCUUGCGACCGUACAAGCGCUGCCACAGAGGCCCCAAAGAUGAUUAAGGACAAAGUGUGGAUUAUUUUUAUGUACAGGUUAAAAAAUCAGUGGCCUGUUUGUAGGUGAAAAGAGAAGAACUCCUUAUGCUUGGUAACUCUGUCUGCAUUUUGCUAAAGUGAAACCAAGGUCUACAUGUAGCAAAGGUAACUGCUGUCAUAAAUUUUACUUUGAUGCUCUGACCUGCCUAAAUCUGUAAGCCACAAAAUAAGGAAGGCGAUGAGAAGCGUUUUAUGCAACCAAGUAGUAUUCAGGGAACCGUAUGGAUUGUGGUACUACUCAACUCCCAGUCUUAAGGGAACCAGAGAGAAACGUUACAAUAUUGGUAAACAGUGCAUUAUAAUUAACAGAUGCUCUGGAUUCUGUAAAUGCGUGAAGGCUAUUCUCUAAAAUCCUGCACUAAGAUAGUUUAAUUACAUCUGAUCACUGUGUUCAGCCAAA